GUAGAAGCGGACGCGUUUUGGACGCGGAUCCCUCCGCUGGGUCUUCUCCGCGGUGAAGCACUGCCAGUGAAGUGCCGGUGGGACGAUGGAAACACAGGCGCAAGGUCUAUUAGAAAAACAAACAUUCCAUGAGACAGAUGAAGACACCAUCACUGAUGUUGAUUUGACCAAUGUGAUUUCUGAAGAAGAGCGAGAAGAAUUAAAAGUUGAAGUAAUCAAGCUAGAGGAUGAAAUUGCAACUUUACGCCAAGUUUUAGCAGCCAAAGAGAAGCACCUUGUGGAAAUAAAACAAAAGCUGGGCAUCAAUAUGAUGAAUGAACUGAAGCAGAACUUCAGCAAAAGUUGGCAUGAUGUGCAAACUACUACUGCGUAUAAGAAGACUCAAGAAACUCUAACUCAAGCAGGGCAAAAGGCCACAGCAGCUAUCAACAACGUUGGAACAGUUAUCAGCAAGAAGUUUGGAGAUAUGAGCAGGUAUUCUAUCCGCCAUUCCAUGAGUAUGCCUGCUAUGAGGAAUUCUCCUACAUUCAAAUCCUUUGAAGAAAAGGUUGAGACCACUGUUACGAGCAUUAAGACAAAAGUUGGAGGUACACCUCACCCUGGAGGAAACUUUGAAGAAGUUCUUAGCUCUGCGGCCAAUGCCAGUGCUAGGAGUCCCAUUGUGGGCAGCCGACUUUCCGAAACUGAAGAGGAGCUCCAUUGCUAGGUGAGGGUUUCUUUGCCCUGCUGUUUGCAUAUGACUGAUACGUAAAAUGUUUCUUUUCUCUCCACGGCUGAGUAUGAAGUUGUAGGACUGCAUUGAGAAUAUACCUAGAUAGACAAUACUAGGCAGAAAAAUCGGCAGGGAUGCAACCAAAUGGCAACUAUUGCUGCAGAAGUAACUGCUAGCUGUCCUUCUGUAUUACCCAUUUUAUUCUAUUUAUGCUUAUAAGUGAUUUUACAUUGUUACAUUGUUACAUGAACAUUGUUACAAUUGUGUCAAUAUUUAAAAUGGCAUGUAUUAUCUUAAGAAAUUUGUCCAUGCAUGUUUUUAUAAUGAAUUUCAGAAAAUAAGCUGAGGUUAUUAUUGUUCAAGCUAUUACCUAUUCUAUUUCUCUUGCUAUAAACAAUGCUGUUUUUGUCUGCUUUCUGUGUAUGUGCCUGUUUAUGACUGUUAAAAGAAAACCAACCUCUUUAUUAUUAUAUGUGCCAUUGGGAUAAGGAUUGGAACCAAAAACAAUUAUGUUGCAAAGAUUUCUGUCUAAAGAAGCAAUGAUACACAUGGCUUUAGUACAAAGUAGUGAGGAAAUAAUAAAAGAAAAAAAAGAUAAUUUUGAAAUAGUCAACCAGUAAAAAAUUUGGUGUAUAUAAACAGUUCCAAUUCCUUGCAAACAUGUGGAGAUUUAAUCUGAUAAUAAUCUGAGCCAUAUUAUAUCCAUUCUUGCCUGCAAUUGUUUGAAUUGUACGGUAAUAACAUUUUUCUCUUUUCAGUUGGAGUAAAAUAAGUGUCCUAUCUAAAAGACCCGAGCAUAUUUAUAGUUUUUAAAGAAAAUAUUUAAAAUUUCAAUUCUUACUUUAGGGCUGGAUCUUUAAAGUAUGUUAAAUAAAUAUAAUAACUUGUAAUUUAUGACUGCUGAACUUGGUAAAAAACAUAUCUAAAAAAUAUGGAGCUCAAUUACAUUUAUGCAGCAUUAAGCAAUUUGAAUUGUUUGUGUUUAUAAGUUAUGUAGAGUGGGACACAAACAGCUUUUUUUUCCCUGUUUCACUUUUGUCUUCCUAUCUUGCUGGGUUAUGUGGUUCAUUUAAAGAAGGUUACUGUUUCUAUUGCAAAUGUUCAGGGAAGCAGACCAAAAAGUUGACACAUGGUUUAAUCAUUUGGGUUUUCGUGUUUGAAAUUCAAUAAUUGGAACUGCCCAAAUGGUGAACGUGUUUUCUCACUUAAUACAGACUUUUGCUGUGCAGAGAGUCUAAGAUGGAAGUAACAAAGUGGUUAAUACUGUGUCCAAUUUUAAUUUGUUACUGAAUAUUCUAGGUACUAGUUGCUUCCUAUAAAACUCCAACUGUGCUUUUAAAGCAGCCACUUUAAUUUUUUGACUCCAAUACUUAAAAAAAUAUUUGCCUUCCUAUUCCAUAUCACAGCCU